AUGUUCUUCAAAGGAGGAAGCUGGCUUUGGUUAUACAUCAGAACAAGUAUUAUUCUAGGAAGUGAGCUAAACAGCCCCUCGCCACAUGGGCAAAAUAAUUGUUACCAGCUUAACAGAUUUCAAUGCAGCUUUGAGGAAGCAGAGCGUUACUGUCAUGUGCAGAGAGGAUUCCUAGCUCAUAUUGGGAACAAGGAAGUUCAAGAUCUCAUCCGGGACUAUCUGGAAGAAGGAAAGAAGUGGUGGAUUGGGCAAAAUGUAAUGCCAUUGAAAAAGCAUCAAGACAACAAAUACCCAGCAGACGUUGCAGCCCACGGGCCCCCAAAGCCCCCCAGCUGCACCUACCUGUCCAGAAACUUCAUUCGGAUCUCAUCCAAAGAGGACAAGUGCUUACUGAAAUACUAUUUCAUUUGCCAGACUGGUGACUUUUUGGACGGAGAUGCCCAUUAUGAAAGAAAUGGAAAUAAUUCUCAUUUGUACCCGAGACACAAGAAGACAAAAAAAGGAGUUGCAAUAGCAAGAGACAAAAUGCCCCCAGAACCUGGUCAUCCUCCAACCACAUGUCACUAUCCUCUUCCUGCUCAUCUUUCCAAAACCCUGUGUCAUCCCAUCAGCCCAUUUCCUUCAGUACUACCAAGUAUCACAUCACAGGUAACAUCAGCCACAUCUGAACCCAGCAGCCAGCCUCUCCCUGUGAUAACACAGCUCACCACGCCCAUGUCUGUCACACAUGCUGGGCAAUCUCUGGCAGAAACAACUUCAAGCCCAAAGGAAGAAGCUCAUCCAAAUACCUUCACCUCUUAUCUACAAGUGUCAUUGCAGAAUGCAUCUGGUCAGGUCAUAGAUGAGAUAGCAGGGAACUUCAGCAGAGCAGUUCAUGGUUUGCAAGCUCAUAACAAACUACAGGAAGCUUGUGAGUUCCUCCAGAAACUAAUAGCCUUAACUCCAAGAUUUUCUAAGCCAGCUCAGGUUAAUCUCAUCAAUUCCCUUGUUUACCUGAGUGAGGAGUUAUUCAGGAUCCCAUUUCAGAACAACGACAGUCUGGGCUUCAAAGUUCCUGCGACUGUCUGCCCCUUUCAUUCCUUCAACAAUGUCACCAAAGCUGGAGAAGGAAGUUGGCUGGAAUCCAAGCGUGAUACUGAGCAGGUAGAAGACAUCCUGGAAAUGUCCUUGGUGGAGUUUGGGAAUAUCGGGGAAGCAUUUCUAGAGCAGAACCAGUCUCCCGAGUCUUCAGUGACUUUGACCUCUUCCAUUGCUACUCUGCUGCUGAGCAGACAAAACAUAUCAACUUUACCGAUGAGCUCUUACACUCUGGGUCACCCAGCCCCUGUGAGGCUAGGCUUUCCAUCAGUUUCAGCUUUGAAGGAGCUCUUGAAUAAACACCCAGGAGUUAAUGUCCAAAUAACAGGACUAGCUUUCAAUCCCUUCAAGGAUUUGGACAACAGAAACAUUGUUGGAAGCAUUGGAAGUGUGUUACUAAGCGCUGAUCGAAAAUUGCUCCAAGUCCAUGAUUUAAUGGAGGACAUUGAGAUCAUGCUCUGGAGAAAUGUUAGCGUGGAAACCCAUCCCACCAGCCUCAACAUGAGCACACGUCAGCUUACAAUCACAGUGAACCUCACUUCCUUGGAGAAAUCCCUGAUAGUGAGCAUAGAUCCUGACAGUCCCCUUUUAAUGACGCUCUACCUGGGGUUCCAGUAUCAGCCUAACUGCACUCACUUCCACCUGAACAUCACCCUUCCGAAGGAUAAGGUGUGGCAAAAAGAUGAGGAGUACACGUGGGUGCUGACUCCAGAGCAUCUACAGCAUGGGAUUGGCACCUACUAUAUCACAGCUGUGCUGAGUGAGAGGCAGGAGGGUGCUCAGCAGACACCCAGCUUGGUCUCGGUCAUCACGGCCGUCACUCAGUGUUAUUACUGGGAGAUCCACAACCAGACAUGGAGCAGCACCGGAUGCCAAGUUGGGCCACAGAGCACAAUUCUGAGGACACAGUGUCUCUGUAACCACCUGACCUUCUUUGCCAGCGACUUCUUUGUCGUGCCCAGGACUGUGAAUGUUGAAGACACGAUCGAACUGUUCCUUCGCGUGACCAACAAUCCUGUUGGGGUGUCACUGCUGGCCAGCCUUUUAGGAUUUUAUGUGAUCACAGUUGUGUGGGCUUGGAAAAAGGAUCAAGCAGAUAUGCAGAAGGUGAAGGUCACUGUCCUGGCUGAUAAUGACCCCAGCGCUCAAUUUCACUACCUUAUUCAGGUCUACACCGGAUAUCGAAGAAGGGCUGCUACAACAGCUAAGGUUGUUAUCACCCUCUAUGGAUCAGAGGGACGGAGUGAGCCCCAUCACCUCUGUGACCCCCAGAAGGCAGUCUUUGAACGAGGGGGCCUGGAUGUCUUCCUUCUCACCACUUGGUCCUCUCUAGGGGACCUGCACAGCCUUCGGCUCUGGCAUGACAAUUCUGGUGUCAGUCCCUCCUGGUAUGUCAGCCAGGUAAUUGUCUGUGACAUGGCAGUUAAGAGGAAGUGGCAUUUCCUGUGCAAUUGCUGGCUGGCUGUGGACCUCGGAGACUGUGAGCUUGACAGGGUCUUCAUCCCAGUUUCAAAGAGAGAGCUCUUUUCCUUUAGACAUCUGUUUUCCUCCAUGAUUGUAGAAAAGUUCACCCAGGAUUAUCUGUGGCUUUCAGUUGCAACUCGGCAUCCCUGGAACCAGUUUACAAGGGUCCAACGGCUGUCUUGCUGCAUGACACUGCUACUCUGCAACAUGGUCAUCAAUGUUAUGUUCUGGAAGAGAAACAGCACCACUGCCAAGAGAGAUGAGCAAAUGGGUCCAUUUGCUGUGGCCUGGUCUGAACUGCUGAUCAGCAUCCACACUGCUGUCAUCCUCUUCCCAAUCAAUCUUGUCAUAGGGCGGCUCUUCCCGUUGAUUGAGCCACAGGAGACUCUGCCCCUCUUUCCUCCCAUCCAGGCCUCCUGCCUCUCCGAUGCUUCUGUUGAGCCUCUCUCUGCCACAAUGGUAGUUGAGGAAUUAAAGGAAACUGUGAGAUUCCUACUCAGGAGAAAUACAUACCUACUCUCCAAGUGUGAGCAGCCGCCAUGGAGUUCUCGUGACAUUACUAAGCUGGUGAAACUUUUAUCCAACCUCAUAUCGUCUCACUUGGAGGGUCAAGGCUGUCAUCAGCAGGGAGAGCGCCACUGGGCACGUGUUGUUCCUGAAAACCACCAUCAUUUCUGCUGUUACCUGCGUAGAGUUCUGCAGAGGCUGAAACCUCACUUAGGCACGCUGGGUCUCACCCAGGGUCACCAGUCCUGUGACUUCCUAGAUGCAGCCAGCCAACUUCAAAAACUCCAGGAACUCUUGGAAACACAUAUUCUUCCCACGGAGCAAGAGCCAUCCAGGGAAGUCACCAGUUUUGCCAUCCUGAGCUCAGAAGAAGGAAAAAAGCCCAUGUCUAAUGGCCUGUCCAAAUGGUUGACUUCAGUCUGCUGGCUCCUGUUAGGUCUCACUAGCCUGGCUUCAGCCUUUUUUACAGCCCUUUAUAGCUUGGAAUUGAGCAAAGACCAAGCCACCAGCUGGAUGAUUUCAAUUAUUUUAUCAGUGCUUCAAAAUGUCUUCAUCAGCCAGCCAGUAAAGGUAUCAAAAUGUUCUUCGUCAGUACCAGGUUCAAGAGAUAAGAACAACCCCGUCUAUGUAGCCCCAGCUAUGAAUAGUCCAACUAAGCGCCCAGAAAGAACCUUGAAAAAGAAGAAACUCUUCAAGCUGACUGGAGAUAUUUUGGUACAAAUCCUCUUCCUUACCCUGUUGAUGACUGCAAUCUACUCUGCAAAGAACUCCAAUCGAUUUUACCUCCACCAAGCUAUCUGGAAGACCUUUUCACACCAAUUCUCAGAAAUCAAACUUCUUCAGGAUUUCUACCCCUGGGCCAAUCACAUCCUCCUUCCUAGCCUGUAUGGGGAUUACAGAGGUAAGAAUGCAGUCCUGGAGCCCAGUCAUUGCAAAUGUGGGGUACAAUUAAUUUUCCAAAUACCCCAUACCAAGACCUAUGAGAAAGUGGAGGAAGGUCAGCUGGCGUUUUCUGACGGCCAUACCUGUGGGCAUCCCAAGAGCCUGUUCCCUGGCCUUCAUCUAAGGAGGUUCAGUUACAUCUGUUCACCCAGGCCCAUGGCGCUGAUUCCCACUGAUGGGCUUCACAAAAGUCUGACAAGCAAGAAUGAGAAUGGAUUCAGUUACAUCAUGAGAAGUGCUUUCUUCACCUCUGUGAGACUGGAAAGCUUCACUUCCCUUCAGAUGUCAAAGAAGGGCUUUGUCUGGUCUAUCAUCUCACAAGUCAUCUAUUAUCUACUGGUCUGUUACUAUGCCUUCAUACAGGGUUGUCGGCUGAAACAGCAGAAGUGGAGGUUCUUCACUGGGAAAAGAAACAUUCUGGACACAAGUAUAAUCCUCAUUAGCUUCAUCCUCCUGGGGCUUGACAUGAAGAGUAUUUCUCUACAUAAGAAAAACAUGGCACGAUACCGCGAUGACCAGGACAGGUUCAUCAACUUCUAUGAGGCAGUAAAAGUGAACUCUGCUGCGACUCACCUUGUGGGCUUCCUGGUUCUCCUGGCAACUGUUCAGUUAUGGAACCUGCUGCAUCAUAGCCCCAGGCUGCGGGUCAUCAGCAGCACAUUGAGCCGAGCCUGGGACGAGGUGGUGGGCUUUCUGCUGAUCAUCCUAAUCCUGCUGACAGGCUAUGCCAUUGCCUUUAACCUGCUGUUUGGAUGCAGCAUCUCUGACUACCGGACAUUUUUCAGCUCAGCAGUGACUGUUGUUGGUCUCCUAAUGGGAAUUUCUCACCAAGAGGAGGUUUUCGCUUUAGACCCAGUCCUGGGCACCUUUCUGAUCCUCACCAGUGUCAUCUUGAUGGUACUUGUGGUAAUUAAUCUUUUCGUUUCGGCCAUUCUCACGGCCUUUGGAAAAGAAAGAAAGUCGCUUAAGAAAGAAGCUGCACUGAUAGAUAUGCUGCUACAGAAGCUCUCAAAUUUCUUAGGAAUCAGUCGGCCCCAAAAAACCUCAUCUGAGCAAGCAGCUGCAACAGCAAUGAGCAGUGACACUGAAGCUUUAGAUGAACUACCUUAAUCCUGUUAUCUCCUACUUGGCUUAGUAUUUCUUAGCAUUUCUUGGCAUAUUACUACUUAUCUUUGCAUGGCAUAGCUUUAAAAUUAUAAUAUACUUUGUUUUUAAUUCUGUAAGUUGGGACCAAGGGGAUUUUGAUUCCUAAGUUCUUAUGGAUCUUGGCACUGUCAAGACAGGAUUAACAAUGCAAGAAUACUACGAGACAAACUACCUCUGCUGCCAAAGCAGCAAGUAACAGAACACUCACCACCCAUGGCCCAGGAUGGCUGCGGGAAAUGAAGGAGUCAGAAGUGAGCUCACUGCAACUUACUAAAAAUAAACAUCCAAGGAUGAGACAUGGCAGAUGCAGACCCCUGCCACUGAGGACGACCAAGCAAAUUCACAGAUGUUAUCUGGGCUAUCUAAAUACAGAGAUCAAAAUGAGCUCUGCACUGCUCCAGGAAUCCUGAAGGUAAGGGCUGGUUUACAUGGAUCACUUGGUUAAAAUAUUCUCCACUAAAAUCCAGAUUUAUACUUCAUCAUCUGACCAAACAGUAGAGAAAGCAGGACACAGGAUCUUUAACUUUAUUAGCAGCUACUCAGCUACAGAAUACAAACCAACUGAAAACAUUAAAGAAAGGCUGCCUGAAACAAGUAUGUACAGGUAUACUACACAGAAGCAAAAGCUGUAUCAUCCAAUCCCAAAGCCACCCCUGUGGGGAAGGAUGACCUCAGCUAUGGGGCAAAGGAGUAACAGAAGUUACGAUAUAAGAGUCCCAUCCAUCCAGGAAAGCAGUGAACAGCC